AUGACACCGAGCAAGAGAAUGACAAAGAAACUCCAGGGAUCGGCCCGGGGGGAGGGAGAGGGGGGGGGCAGGAACCCCCCGGAGGAAGGGGAGCACAGGGAAGGGUCUGGGGGCACCUGCAGGGACCGGCACAGAGGGAGGGGGAAAGGCGACGGAAGGAGGAAAAGCAGCCCCGAACCUUUGUGCCCAAAGAGCCGCGGGAGGCUCUGCCAGCCCCGGCGGUUCGGCCGCGGCCCGCCCGGUUCUGGGUGCCGAUGGACAGCACAGAGGGACCCGCACCCGCAGGACGGGUCCGCAGCGGAACCGGAGCAGGCACACCCCGGGUGCAGAACGCCUCUCCGGGCCGGGCCGGACCGGACCCUCGCCCCCAGCCCCUCCCCAUCUCACCCGUCCGGACGCGUGUCUCCUGCCCUGGGCCAUGUUCCGCGGGGCUCAGGCUCCGAUCCGCGCUCUGCUCAUGGCCCGCAGCGAUCCCGCGGCGGGGGAGGAGCUGACAGCCCGGAACCCAUCCCGGGCCGCCCGGUUCCGCUCUGCUCUGGGCCCAGUUCCGUGCCCGGGGACAUCGGCUCCGCGCUGCCGGGGCCCACGCUGCGCCAGAGCCGCUGCGGCGUGCUGGGUCCUAACGCACCCGGGCUGCUGCACCACUGCCUGGCCACCGGCAUGGCUACCAACACGGCCACUGCCUGGCCACCGGCAUGGCCACCGGCAUGGCUACCGGCAUGGCUACCAACACGGCCACUGCCUGGCCACCGGCAUGGCUACCGGCAUGGCUACCAACACGGCCACUGCCUGGCCACCGGCAUGGCUACUGGCAUGGCCACCAACACAGCCACCAGUCUGGCCAUCAGCCUGGCCACCGGCAUGGCUACCAACACGGCCACCAGCAUGGCCACCAACAACGGGAUCCAGGGAGCAGCGGGGAGGGGUCCUGCAGCCCCCUGGAUGGGGAUCGGCGGGGGCUGCUCGGGGGCUCGCAACCGGCACCGGUGUCGGUCCCGGUCCGGUUUAUCCAGCACCGAGACCCCCACCCGCGUAAUUAUCACCGCUAAUGAAGCAGCGGUUCUGCCCAGGGCUGGGGUUCGGGUCCCGCCGGGCACUGACCCGGACACUUCCCCCUGUUCUGCAGGUUCUGCAGGUUCCCGGAUCCCAGCGGUGCCGCCCGCCCCCGCCCUGACCCGGAGUCGGCCCGCGGCACCAAAGAGCCGCCGCCAGAUGCCCAGGAGGAAAGAGGUUCCGGCCCUGGUCCGUUUGUGCCUGCAGAGCCUGGCCCGGCACAUGCAGAGCCUGUGGGUGAAGGACUACAGCGAGAAUUACCUGGACGAGUAUGAGUUCCGCUUCGUUAUGGGCCCUUUCAACGACCUGGCUGGUAACUUGGUCCAGGAGCUGAUCCGGUUGCUGGGUGAGAGCCGGCGGCUGAGCAGGGCAGCUCUGCACCUCCUGCUGCUGCCCCACCUGCAGGAGCUGAGCCUCCAGCCCUGCCCCGGCCUGGCCAGCAAUGCCAUCGGGCACCUCAUUGUCCUGCGGUGCAAGAGCCUGAGCUCCCUGGACCUGCGUGGCUGCAGCCGUCUCUCCCCGGGGGUGCUGGUGGACCUGGCAGAGGGGCUGCCCGGGAUGCGGUGCCUGGGGCUGGCUGAGACCCAGACCAACACCCGGGUGCUCUCGGCCCUGGGCUCCUGCUGCCGGCGCCUGCAGGAACUGGAUAUCUCCUGCUGCAAGAAGGUGUCCCCGCUCGCCCUGUGGCACCUGGCCUACGACCCCCUGGAGAGGACCCUCUGCUGCCCCGCGCUCCGCGUGCUGCUGGCCCGGGGGCUGGAGCCCCAUGGGGUCGGUGAGAUGGUGACAGCGCUGGCGUUCCUGCUGCUGGCCCUGCCCAGCCUGCAGUUCCUGGCCCACAGCGCCGUGCCCGACGCCCUGCGCCUGCUCCACGAGCGGCAGCUGAGCAGCACGGGGCAGCCCCAGGGCUUCCCCUCCCUGGAGGAGCUGGCCCGGGAGCGGGGGGCUGUCCCGGGGGUCUGCCGGCUCACCCUGCCCCUGCGGCGGCUGGAGGAGGUGGAGGAGCCCGCCCUGGCCGCCGUCCUGGCCGUCUGUCCCCAGGCUGAGGAGGCCGGGGUGUGGCUGGGGGACACCCCGGGGCUGGCCCCGGAGCUGCCGCGCUGGUGCCGCCUGUCCCGGCUGUCCCUGGGCUGCAGGGGGCGGCGGGGCCGGGCGCUGGCGGAGGUUCUGCCGCUGAUCCGGAGCCUGGGUCCCCGCCUCCAGUCCCUGGCCCUGCACGGCUUCUGCUGCCCCCAGGAGCUGACCCUGCCCGCCCUGCUGGGCAGCUGCCCGGGGCUCCGGACCUUCAGCGCCGAGCUGCACGCCCCCCCCGACACCUCCCCUGACGGCGAGACCCCCGCCCAGCCCCCCCGCUGGGACACCCACCUGCUGCCCCGUGGCUUCCCCCAGCUCCGCAGCUUCUCCCUCACCAUGGACGGCACCUUCCCGGCCCGGUCCGGCCCGGUGCUGUGUGCCACGCUGGCCUCGGUGCUGUGCCGGGCCCCCCACCUGCAGACCCUGCGCCUACUCGGUGUCCCCUUCCCCCUGGGCUCCGUGUUCCGUUCGGUGCUGGCGGAGCCGGGGCCGCCCCUGCUGGAGCUGCGGGAGCUCUCGCUGGCCCAGAGCUGCGUCUGCAGCGGGACGGUGUGGCUACUGCUGGCCUCCGAGGGCCACCUGCGCCGGCUGGACCUGUCCCACUGCCGGGACAUCCACCGGCGGGACUACGACAGCUUCCUGCGGGCGGUGCGGGAGCAGCGCUUGGACCUGGACAUCUCCUGGGAGUAGCCCGGGGCUCUUUAAUAAAGAUUCGUACCGCGGGCGGUACCGUCUGCCCCGUCCCGUCGGUGCCAGCCCUGCCGCCCCCCUGCCCGCAGCCCGCGGGG